GGCGCGGGCGGCUCCUGUGCCUCAGGCUCCCCACAGCGGGGCAUUCCCCACCCGCCACCAUGGGCUCUCCUGCCCCGCCUGCCCAGGUUGCUACAUGCCGGGGGCAGCAGUGGCCGUGCCCUAUAUAAGAGGCCUGAGGAGCCAGCCCGGGGGGUCAGCCAGGACUGGUGUGCCAUGGAGGCUGAGGAGGCUGCUGCGGCGGCAGUGAAGGCGGCCCUGCGGACACCCAAGUGCUCCCGCUGCCGUAACCACGGCUUCGUGGUGCCCGUGAAGGGCCACGCCGGCCACUGCCGCUGGAAGCUCUGCCUGUGCGACAAGUGUGCCCUUAUCACCGAGCGCCAGAAGAUCAUGGCUGCCCAGAAGGCCCUGAGGCAGCAGGUGCCCGACCCCCCGGCCGGGGCAGCCGCAGGGCCCGCUCCCCUGGGCGAAGGCCCUGGGGCGGCCAGUGCCCCUGAGCAGAGCGGCCACGAAGGGGUGAAGGGCACCCAGCCCUCCGGCAACAGCAAAGGCAUGGAAUGCAGGGAGCCGCCACCACCGCCCAGCGGGGCUCCCUUCUGGGACUACGCUCACCCUGCUUUUCCUCCAGAAUACAUGGUCAGCCCAGAAUACCUGGAAAGAGACCCUCCAAAAGUGUACCCUGGGUGUUCUGGGGUAUAUCCUUACCACCCAUUUCCCAUGGGAUUUGCCAUCAAUGAGUCAAGCUGUAGGGGAGCACCAUCACCUCCAGGGAUAUCACUUCAGAGAGGUUUCCGCAACUAUGGGCCAGGGAAUGCAGCUUCUGUGUCAAUUCCAGAUGGUGGUGGAGAUUUCCAACAAGGAUACUACGCUCCUUUGCCUCAGUUCAUCCCACCAAGUUUUCUGACAGGGAUUCAUUACAUUCCACCUCCCCUUUCGCUGAACAUGUUGGCUGAAACAACCAAGGAAGCACAUGCUACUGAAGCUGACAGUCAGGAUUCAGGGGUGGUUCACGAACCUAGCCAACCACCUUCCUCCCCAGAAGAAACAAGCAGAGACCAAUCUCAGUAUUCUAAACAGUAAAUGGGCUGGAGAAGAGCUGUGCAGCAGGCAGCACUGUUUUCAUUUCUGAGCAGUUAGUUUGUAGCAGGGUAGAGUGACACUUAGUCACUGAGCAGUCACAGCAGCUACAGGAAGGGGAUUAGUCCCCUGCCUCACUUUAUGAUCAUGUUAGAGCUACCAGGCUCAUAGCUUAGCCUCCCUAGCACUGUAAAGCCCUUGUUCCUAAAAGAGGUUUUCCAGAGCCAUGGUAAAUCCCUUCCCCCUUAAGCAGGUGGAAGCAGCACAUGAUUAUGACUGAAUUUGUUUCCUUUGCUGAGGUUAGAUGGCUCCCUGACUUUGGAGUGAGGUCUCUGAGCCAUGUGCAUUCUGUAGCCUUCUCAUGUUAUGACAGUAGUCAAAAAUGUGUUGUUUGUAUACCAAUUUGCUGUAAAAGAAACCUGGUUCUGAAUAUUACAGAAGAGUUAAAUGAUGCGGAGCCUGAAGACUGAGUGAGAGAAGAUGGGAAGACAGUGUGGAUUGCUGAUUUACUUGGCUGCAUAAGAACAUGAUUCACUGGAUUCAGCAGAGUAAGGGAAUAGUAGGUGCUACUACACUUGUAAAGAAGGGCAUGGGAGGAAUUUGCAGAAAGGUCUGGUGUAGGCUGAAAUCCAGUGCCUCCACGUUACUUUCUGGGUGAACUGCCUUUAAAGCAUCUUCUGUUCAGGUUGGGGACAGACUGAUUUGGAAUUACUUCAUGUCACACAGGCUUCAGAAUUUUGAAUGUCUUUCAUGGUUUAUACAUAAAUUCAAUGUUGUUUAACUCAGUACAACUGAAACUAAACAGUACUAUUUGUUUCUAAAGGGCUCGUGCAGACAGGUUUAUAUGUGUGUAUUGGAAGUGCACUGUGGCAUAUCAAAGGUGUGGAGAGAUUGCCUAGGAAACAAGGACAAAACACCAUUUAGCAUAAUAAUUAGUCAAAUGCAUAUAUAUUAUAAUUUUCAAUGAUAAUGUUUAAUUAAAAAUUAAAGGUACAUUCCUCUGUUUUGCGUAGAGGAAUUGGUUUUGUAUUAAAUGGAUCAGUUGUUAAUGUUUGAAUAACUUUCUGGGACUUCUGUAUAAUUAAAAAAGAUACAUUAAA